CACUCGCUUUCAAAUUCCAUUGAAUUAAUAUGUUUACAUUUGGAAAAGUUAUUAUUUAAACAAAAUUUAAGGAUUUUUAGGAACAUGGCUGAUUUGCCGCAACAGCCUGAGUGGGGCGUAAAGCUGUCAAAAUUCUUCAUUGUACCUCAACGGUGGAUUCUGGCCAUCAUGGGAUUCUUUGCCAUCUUUAAUGCCUAUACCAUGCGCGUUUGCCUUUCGCAGGCCAUCACAGUGUUGGUGGUGAAACAGAACUAUACGGAUAAGCCCCAUGGCGAAUCAAUCUGUGAGGCGGACGAGGAUAGUCAGGGUCCAACUAGCCGGGAAGGUGGUUCCUAUGAAUGGUCCGAGGAGAAACAGGGCUUGAUUCUGGCCUCCUUCUACAUUGGAUACAUUGUAACCCACUUGCCGGGUGGCAUAUUGGCUGACAAAUUUGGCGGUAAAUGGACAUUGAGCAUUGGAAUCUUGUUCACGGCGGUAUUCACAGUCCUCACACCGGUAUGUAUCGUUUAUGGCGGAGCCGAUGCACUGAUCGUUCUCCGUGUCUUUAUGGGAUUGGGUGAAGGUACGACCUUUCCGGCCCUGAGUGUUUUACUGGCCGCCUGGGUGCCAGCAAACGAGAGAGGAAUGCUGGGUGCCCUGGUUCUCGGCGGUGGUCAGGUCGGUAGUAUCGCUGGCAAUUUGCUAUCCGGCUUGAUACUCGACGCUAUGGACUGGCCGUGGGUGUUCUACAUCUUCGCAAUCAUAGCCUUUGCGUGGUUUAUUAUUUUCACGCUGAUUUGUUUCAGUACCCCAUACACUCAUCCAUUUAUCAAGCCAAAAGAGCGCGAGUAUUUGUACACGGAAAUACCGCCACAGGAUAAGAAUAAGCCGAAAACGCCGUUUAAGGCCAUUUUUACGAAUGUACCCAUGUGGGCACUAAUUAGUGCACAAAUUGGUCACGAUUGGGGAUUCUACAUCAUGGUAUCGUACUUGCCCAAAUAUAUGGCCGAUGUGUUGCGGUUCUCGAUCAAGUCGAAUGGCCUGUAUUCCUCUUUGCCCUAUGUUGUCAUGUGGAUUUUGUCGCUGGCCAGUGGCUGUGUGGCCGAUCAGAUGAUCAAACGUCACUGCAUGAACACUACGAAUACGAGAAAACUGAUGACGGGUUUGGCCGCCUUUGGGCCAGCCGUCUUCAUGGUCGCCGCCUCCUAUGCCGGAUGCAAUCGCGCUUUGGUCGUUGCCCUAUUUACGAUCGCCAUGGGUCUGAUGGGCACCUACUAUGCCGGAAUGAAGCUCACGCCGCUGGACAUGAGUCCCAAUUAUGCCGGUACAUUGAUGGCCAUCACCAACGGCAUUGGUGCGAUCACGGGCGUUAUUUCGCCCUAUCUGGUGGGUGUGAUGACCCCGAAUGCCACCCUGCUGGAAUGGCGAAUCGUCUUUUGGGUGGCCUUUGCCGUCCUUUGCAUCACGGCGGUUAUUUAUUGCAUUUGGGCCUCUGGCGAAAUACAGCCCUUCAACGACGGCACCAACUCAAAUAAGAAGAAGGAGGCGACAUAAUCUGCUGGUUUUAUUUUUGAUCAUGAGGUCUUAUAAGUGGUUGUCUACUAUUUAAAUUUCACUUGAGUAAAAAUUGAUUUGUCUAUGG